AUGGGGAGCCAGAGCUCGAAGGUGAUCGAUUGCCUGGUCCUCGCGGACGACACACGUGAUGCCAAGGGCAAGAAGUCCGGUGGCAUUGCGCAAGUUGGCUGGUUGAUAGGCGCGAAGCUGCGUUUCGGCGAGACAUUGCUGGUGCGGGAGGUCAGUCCGCAACUUCUCGAGUUCAGGGACCCUUCUAGCGGCAGAACGAUGAGGCAUCAAGACUUAACGCCAGUUGCCGAGCUGCUUGAAGAGAGGGUCCAACGGCUCCGUGAAGUGCAGAUCUGGUCCCAUGGAGGGAUUGCGCGGCCGGUCAUUGGUGAUACUGCCCUAAGUGCAAGCAGCUUCCGUUGCUUCAGAGACGUUUUCGAAGCGGGCCGUGGCGUGAUUUGGUUUAGAUGUUGCAAUGUGGCCCGGGACAGGGAUGGUCAUGAGUUCCUCAAGGCCGUCGCAGAGGAGAGCCAGGCACGAUUUGUGGCAGGGCACGAGGCAGUGAUCGGGCCUUUGCAGCCUCAGCUCACACUGUACGAUGCCGCAACGGGCUGCUACCACGGGCCCAAGGAUGGCGCAUGGGCAAAUCUGCAGGCCCAUCUGCACGAUAUAUUCAGUGUCGUGAAGUUCGCUGAGUCACAGGCUUGCCCGGGACCGCUGCAGGAAUGA